AUGGAUCUGCGGCUCAGCCAGAUGACGGUGCCCAAAGUCGUCGUCUCACGCCUGCGUCGAGGUGCUCCUCUGCCGUCGAUCGGAGAGGGCUUGGGCACUCUGCGUGUGCUGAGCAACGAGGUCUUGAUGCACAUUUUCGAGUGCUGCGAGAUCGAAACCAUUGCAAUGCUGCUCACGAUUCCGUCAUUCGCCGCGCUGAUUCUCACCAACCUGCCGAGCAUCUGCAAGGGCAUGAUGCGAGAGAAUAAACUCCACGAGGACGUCAUCCGAGCAGGCUACGUCGGUGACUUGCUACGUCAACGCGGCGGCAAUCCGGGUGAAGCACGGCGACUCCUAGCCGUCGGGACCCUGCCGGCGGUCGAUGCCGUUGAGAGGCGAAACGUCAUUGUGGAAACCAUUCUGGACAGCCAUACGUUCCCCAUGAGAAUGGACAGCAAGUGGCCUCGGUGCGAUAACAUGCAGCAGCGCAAGAACCUGAGGAAGAUGCUCCGCGAGGGCAUCAGGAUCUGCGACCGCCUGGCGGAUUUUGAAGGUGAAGUGAUUGCUACCGCGAAUGCCAAGUUCUUUGCGAGCAAUCCCCUCCCGCUAACCAGCGUUGAGCUCGAGAGCGCCAUCCUUCAACGUUACAGCGCCGCAGGAAUGGUGUCGCACUUGCCCACGGUCCUUGCACUGAGGAAGAAACGGUACGUUCGAUGGCAGCUCCGAUCCCUCCAGGGCGGCUUCAUUCAGACUUGCACCACGUACCAGCUGUAUUGCGUCGCCGUGCUCCUCCGGCUGGCAAACGAGAGGGCAGGCCCGACGCGUCCCAACCCUAGCACAAUCAGCCGGCGACACCCGUACCAGAGCGGCAUCAACGAAGCGGCGCUGCGUCACGGAAGCUGGUUUCUCCAAUGCUUUGGUAGCAUCACAACCAGUAUGAACCCCGGACGGUACGAGCACGCCAUCAUGGUUGGCAUCGCCGCCGGCAGGGACGUGCACGACUGCGCGCAGAAGCAGGGCCUCCGAUGGGGCGGCAUCAUGCAAGAUGAGCUUACAGUGGUCUUGGAGAAGGAGCUGAGGAGCCGACUCCCCUUUCCGGACGAACAGCCCAAUCUGGACGUUGCGGUUUUGGUGAGAAUCGACGAGAUCAUCCGGGGCCGGCAGACGGUACUGCCGAUGACGUUUAUGUUUGCCCAAGAGUGA